UGAAAAAGGGAAAAAAAAGUAGUGUUAUUGUACAAAAUGAUUCUCCUUCACAGUUCUCAUGCAAAGUAAGUGUUGUAAAAAGUCAUGAUAAAGGGCUAAUAGCCUAAUAUCCUUCAAGGCUCCAUUUUUAGUUUCUAAAAGAAUUGCAUCUUCAGCAAAUGGAGUUUCCAAAAUUUACUUCCAUUCCUCCGGCACAAGUGAUGUACAAGAAUCAACUACAAGAGUACACACAAAAAAAUGUCAAACAACUCCCAAUUUAUCAAACAGUUAAUGAAGGUUUUCCACAUGCCCCAAAGUUCAGAUCAAAGGUAUUGGUUGAUGGAUCCGAAUAUGAAUCCAAGUCGACCCAUCCCACGAAGAAAGAAGCUGAGCAGGCAGCAGCAAAAAUAGCUUAUGAAUGCAUUCACAACAAAAUUGAUGCAAAAGAUAUUUCACUUAUUUACAAGGAACCCAUGUUGUGCAAAUCUAUUCUCUAUGAAUUUGCUGUCAAGAAGAAUCUGGAUAGGCCUAUAUAUAACACUAGAUAUACAGAAGGGCCAAGCUCAGUUUAUAUUUGUCACUUGAUGUUGGGAGGCAAAACUUACAAAGGUGAGUUAGCUGGGAGCAAGCAAAUGGCAAAGCAAGUAGCUGCUCAAGCUGCGAUUGAAUCACUCUUAGAAACUGAUGCAGGAACUCUUUACCAGAUCAUCAUGUCCAAAAAUAAGUGUCAUCCUAGUAUGCAAACCAGAAUGGAUACUGACUUUAGUAAGAAAAUGUUGGCUAAAUGCUCUGGCAAUUUACAAGGCCAAAAAGCAAGCAUUGAGAGAGCAGUUGCUUGUUUCAACACUGAUGGCAUAGUUGGUAGCUCUGGAAGUGGACCAAAGAGUAAAACCGAAACCAAGAACUGGGAAUGGAACAAAAUGAGAAGAUUUGGCAACUGAUAUUUGGACUUUAUGUCCGUCUUAAGAUCUAGGUAGAAUAUACUUGGUGACUGUUAGACUCAUGAACUCUAUUUUCCAAAUAUUUGAAUAUCUCUGUAUAAACUAGAUGAUACAGUAGUUUCAUAUGCCGCUAAUCUUCAGCUGAAUUUUCUGCUUUAUACUUUUUGAUAGAAAUAGAAUAGAACAUUCACCGGUAAAA